AGAGAGCGAGUCAGACAGGGCAGCAGCACAGAGCACUGGAACAGACUCCUGUGUCUGGAUACUCCACAUCUGGACUUAUAUCUGAAGCAGCAAUGACUCCUCUGCCAACAAGCGUCCCCACUAACAACACAAACUGUUCUCAUAUAGUGACCAAGGAGUGGAUCUUCUCUGUGGUGCCGAUAUACAUCCUGCUCAUCACUGUGUUGGGAAUGGUGCUUAAUGUGUUUGUCCUGGUGGUUUUCUGGUUUCAUAAGAAGCCCUGCACUGUGGCUGAGAUCUACUUGAGUAACCUGGCUGCUGCUGACCUUAUCCUAGUGACUUGUUUGCCGUUCUGGGCCAUCAACGUAAGCAAUGAUUACAACUGGCCUUUCGGUACACCCCUGUGCAAAGUCGUCAACCUGGGUAUCAGCAUGAAUGCCUACAGUAGCAUCUACUUCCUCAUUCUGGUUAGCCUAGAUCGCUAUGUGGCACUGGUGCAUACGAUGUCCUAUGGCAGAAUGCGUAGGCCAAAAUAUGCCAAACUGGGCUGCCUCAUGGUGUGGGCAUUGGGCAUUCUCCUGAGUGUCCCCGUGCUCAUCUACAGGCAAGUGACAGCAAAAUGUAAUACUAAUAUAUGCCAUCUUAACCAUCCAAAUACCCGUGUACGCCUGCUGUCUGAGGUGCUGAUGACUAUGUUCAUCUUCAUCAUCCCCAUUUCCAUUAUUUCCUACUGCGCUGUCAAGAUUAUUUGGGCUCUGAAAAACCGGCUAAAGGAGGGAUCAAACAGGCAAGAAAUGGAGCACAAGGCCACUUCUCUGGUGCUGGCGGUCCUCCUUGCCUUCCUGAUCUGCUGGGUGCCAUUCCACCUGGUUAGGAUGGUAGAAAUGCUCAUAACGGCUAAACUCCUGAAAGUCGACGAAACGAUCCUAGACAUCUUCUUCCAGAUCUUCACCUACUUUGCCUUCUUCAACAGCGUUCUCAACCCCAUCCUCUACGUCAUUAUAGGACAGACCUUCCGCAAAAAAGUCAAGGAGCUCUUCUUGCAGUCGAGCAGUGGAGUGACUUUCAGCCUCAUCUCCAGGCGCUCAGACAGGUCCACCACUAAAUCCACAGCUGUCUCAUGAUGAUCUGCAGGAUGAUAAUUUUGUAGUCUGAAUAUGAGUUUUAUUUGGCGUUUCAACCAGAUUUAGCAAAAAGGUGAAUUCCAGACAAUAUUACUAUGUCUACUUGAUUAGAAGCAUGAUAUAUCCUUUGAUGGCUACCCAUUAGAUCCUGCUCAGUAUGAUUGUAGUGUGACAGCUUGCUGUGGGUGGAACAUAACCCAGGGUUUUAGCUAAGAGGAGGGAGGGUGGUGCUCACGAGGCUAAUGAUGCUAUGGCACUGGUGUAUGCUGUCACACUACACCUCUUACUGUACUGGGGUCUGUUCCAGGUCUUCUCAAUGCAUUCUGUGAUGAACAAGUGUUGGUUGAGAAGACGUGGGCUCACAUUUUCAAAUUAGAGGUGGGGUUUUAGUGUAUGUAGCUUGCCUUCUCUGGGCAACACCUCAGAAGGGAAGCUGGGGAGAAGGGGGACAAAACACGAUCACAGGUGAUCAUACGCUGCCACAUAUCAACGCUUGUUGUGUCUUCUAACAUCAACAGGCCGCAAUAAACCAAGAGUGUGGUAAUUUUUAGCACAAGAGAUUCCAUGUGACAUCCUGUUGGCUUUUCAUUCCAGUUCUGGAGCAGCUUUACAGGAUAUCAGACUCAAAUUACUUUAUCUGCCAUUCUAACACAAUAAUAACAAUGCUACAUAAUUAAGUAAACCCAGAUUGUUUUCUAUUGCAGGAGUAAUGGGCUCAAGCUAAUCUAAUGGCAAUGUACAAAAGAGAUGGACGCAGACUUUGUGUCUCUACGUAACCACAAGGCUUUACAGUUGUCACAGUAAUAUGACACCUUAAUGGCAAGAUGUUUAUGUCUGUGUGCAUGACAUGAUGUGUCUGUUUCUCUGUACUUUUACAUGGUGUUACUCAGACUGUCUUGUGAUAUUUUAAUGCUAAAUACCCCAGAACAAACCCAAUCCCUCUGUGCAUCUUUUCUUUGCAUCCAAAACCAAAUGUCAACAUGCUGUCUACACACACACAUUUCCAUGCUUGUACAAUUUGUUGCUUCGCAGUUUAUUUACUGGAAUCAGGAAUCAGGGGUUCUCCUGUCCCUCUCUUCCCAUGUCAAUUAUUUGUACUGUCUUUUGUGCCAUUGUGUCCUCUGGGACGGUUGUAACCGAACAGGAUUUUGUUGCACUUGGAAACUUGUGUAAUGACAAUAAAUGAUUCCUGAUUCCUGAUUCCUGAUUACUGUUACUGUCGGAGCAGUAUCAUGCUGGUGCCUCUUCUGACAGUGUGAACACAGCCUCACUGAGCCUCUGCCUAUCAACUGUGAACGUUUAGCGUAAUCUAUUUAAUGUAGCACCUGAAGUGGCAGAAAUACAAAAGUCUAAGUAAUUGUUGCUGACCUUUUUAGGUCACAUAUGCAAAGUUUUGACAAAGAUUUCCAUGAUCCUUCUAACUCAGUACACUAGUUUUGAAAUUCAAACGUCCAUCAUUAAAGGCCUCUCAUUUCUUUUUUUCCCCCUCUGUUUAUUCAGCAACAUGACACAAAUUUUUAAGUGUAAUAUCAUUACAUCUUUAUUUUUGUAGAUUUCUUUUCUCAGUGAUGAUAGCAUUGUUGUCUCCAAGGUAAUUGCUGAAAUGUGGGAACGCAGUGCCAUCCCUACAACAGCGGCCAAAUAGGCAGGUCCAGAUAGUUGCAAAUAAUCCCUUGUUGCACAGGAAAACUGCUUGCGCGAUUUGAGGAGUCCCCCUGCAUACAGCUCCAGAGGGCGCUGCUGAGAAAUUGCCGACAAGUUUAAAACCGCUGCAAGGGUGGAGUUAGAAAAAUGUGACCUCCUCAUCUCUGAUUGAGGCUAGAGGCUCGAGGCUACAUCAGCAACUGCUAGCAUAACCCACCCAAAUCCCAGAUUGAACCGUUGGUGGUUACAAUGCAUUGUGGGUAAUGUAGGCACCAGGUUUUGACAAGAAAGAAUUUCAAAAAGAUAUCUGCGGUUGUGGUGCAUUCAUUUGCGUCAGUGUAGAUUAUAAUUAAAUUGUCCACCCUUUUAUAAUUUGAUCGGAUUCUUAGUGUCAGCUACAUUCACACUCUCCUAAAAAUAACUUUAUAUAUACUAUUUAUAUCUCUGUUUUUUAAUCUUAAUUUUUAAUUAUAGCUCCGUCUCAUGACUUUAUUUGGACAAAAAAGUCAGUCCCCAGGCUGCUCAGUGUCAACAUUUUCAUGUUGUAAAGUAAAUAGCUCACCACAUCACUAUUCCAAGUGAUGCAGCUUGGCAGGCUGUCUGUAGCUGGCUUGUCUCAGGAGCACAGUGCUUUGCUAUAUUUCAAACACAACUGAACUAAUAGUCCUCCACUGAACCACACUGACAGAUGACAAAAUAUGCAAAUGCAUGCUGUUCCUGGGAAGCCCAGUGUAUAUAGUUUGAACAGAAGGAACAUUCAAAUCCUUUCUCCAUUUGAGUACUCAAUAUGCAGAAAAAUGGCCCCCAUGACUGAUGUACUGUAUUAUUAUAUUUAAUUUGAUUUACUGUACCUGUCACAAAUGUAGUGGAGCAACAAAUACAGGUAGUAAAGUAGCAAAAGUAGUUCCUCUAAACUGAACUUAAGUGUAGGACUUGAAUAAAUUUUAGUAGAUGCUUUCUAUGAUUGCUGGUUUCAUCCUAGUGACAGGCAGUGUGUGCUGUUUGAGUGCCCCUAAGCAAGGCACCAAACUGUUACAUGCUCUGAAUGCUCCUGGUUUGAUAUUUGGGCUGAUCCUGUGCUGAAUGUCCGCUGGUCCUGUGCUGAAUGUCCGCUGGAUGCCAUUUUCAUUUUUAGCACUGCCAAACAUGUUUUGCCUGGAACUAUUUGCAUUGCGGCGCUUAUCUCAGUUGACACACAGCACAGAGCUUCUCAUUUCCACUCACAUUCGAGGUUCGCUCAUUGCCACGUUAGGAUGGCUGCAGCUCUUCUCAACCACAUAAACACAUCUACCCUCUGCACCAUGGAGUCCAGCGUGGGAAGGCACAUGUAUCCAGCCCUCUAUUCUCUUUUUUUUAUUGUGGGUUGUCCGGCUAACUGCC